AUGAAUCAAGUUGAUUACCCAUCAACAAUCUGCUUAAGGACUUUCAACAGAGACCAUGACAUUAGACAAGUCAGGAUCAAUCCAGAAUACAAUAUAUCCUACUUACGAACCAUUGAGGGCGAUGAUUGCAUCUUCAUAUAUAAAAAGAAAGUGCUCUUAGAUUCGAUGACAUUCAAAUUUUAUUCCAUGAAUGAUGGCGAUAUUAUCUGCGUCAUUCCCUAUCAGAAUGAUUUGAUUCCAAAGUACAUCCCUAAGAACUCAAAAUUAUGCAUGGAUUUGAAAAGAGAAAGACUUAAAAUAGUUAACCAGAAGUUUUCCAAAAUCGAAGGAUAUCAAAAUGUAUCCAAAAAAUUAACAUUUUUGAAAGAUCAACUCGAAGGACUUGCCAAAUUAGAGGAAAGGAAGCCUCUCCAUGAUAACAUCACAAGACUCCCAACCAAGACACAGAUUUCUUCAGAUCCAUUACCAGUAUUUUGGUGA